AUGCACAGUAACUUACCGUUGAUUUAUAACGAAUCAGAUAUAACUGGAUUAAUUCUUGAUUUUAUAGGACCGGUGACGACCACUACUGACGAGAAGCUCGCAUUCUACUCAUUUUACAAACAAGCUACUAUCGGUCCUUGCAAUACUCCCAAACCGAGUUUCUGGAAUGUGGUUGAAAAAUUCAAAUGGGAUGCUUGGAACAACUUGGGUACGAUGGAGGCAAACGAAGCCAAGGCUGCUUAUGUUCAUCGGCUGUUGAAGAAGAUCAAAGAUGUCAACAAGGAGUACGAUACUGGUGUCAGUUCUAUUCCUAUUGAAGAUACAUAUAGUCAGCAUGUUUUCAGGGUAUGCUUNGUUCAUCGGCUGUUGAAGAAGAUCAAAGAUGUCAACAAGGAGUACGAUACUGGUGUCAGUUCUAUUCCUAUUGAAGAUACAUAUAAUCAGCAUGCCUUCAGGGUAUGCUUGUUAAGUGUUAUUCAAGAAGCGUCAGUAAAUGAUAGAUAA